UCAUCCAAAACCCAAAAAUAUGGUAGUGAGCGAUUUAAAGCCUAACUCCUGCAAAUUUCCAUUUGCAAAGUGGUAAUAAAAUGCCCCACACGACAACUCCAUUACCCUCGAAAACAAGCAUUCAGCUAGAAGAUGUCGAGUCUGCUGCAAAACCUCAACGCAUCAAACCCACUGACUACACCGACAACAACAUAAACCAGGAUGAAAACAAGAGGCUUAAAGAUGUUGAAAUCAGUGUUCCGGUGGUAUAUGGAACUAUGGCAUUUUACCUUGGUAAAAAGGCCAAUGAGUUACAGUCUCAUAAAUGGACAGUGUAUGUACGCGGAGCGACGAAUGAGGAUCUUGGUGUAGUGAUAAAGCAAGUCGUGUUUCAAUUGCAUCCUAGUUUUGAUAACCCUAUAAGAGUUGUUGAAUCUCCACCAUUUGAGUUAUCUGAAUGUGGUUGGGGUGAAUUUGAAAUCUGUAUCUCCAUACUUUUUCAUGACGAUGUCUGUGAUAAGCAUGUGGACUUGUUCCACUUAUUGAAGCUGUAUCCUGAUGCUGAAAGUGGUCCACAGUCAACCAAGAAACCUGUUGUUGUGGAAACUUAUAAUGAGAUUGUCUUUCCUGACCCCUCAGAGAACUUUUUGGCUCGCGUGCUGAAUCAUCCUGCUGUAUAUGUGCCACGACUUCCUGCUGGAUUUAACUUGCCUGCUCCUGUUCCAAGCCCAAAUAUGAAUGUGAAAGGGAAAGAUGAUACCAAAAACCAUCCAUUGAAUCACUGGUUCAUAAAUUUUUCAGAGGCAGAUGAGCUUUUGAAACUUGCAUCUGCUCGUCAGCAGGUGCAAGCUCAUAUUCUUAAGCUGAGAAGACAAUUGAGCAUGUUAGAUGGACCACCUCAACCAUCAAAACUAGCCUACGGUAUGAUUUCUGAAUGUACAUGAUUGCGACACACUAACUUUGGCGUUUCAUCAUCGAACUUGGAUGGUUGAAGACAAAUCGCUAGUGGUAAUUAGAUGUAAAAAACGUGGACUAACCCACAUCUAGGGACUCUAGUUUUAGUUCUCUAGUUUUCUUUUCUAAUUUUGGUAAAGACCAAAGUAUUAUGGGUGAAUGUUAUUAACAAUGCAGGGCUUGGUAUCUUGAUGACCAGAAAAGAGAAGUUACUUUGUAAUUCUGUUCUGAUCUCAUGAUUUGCGAUAGCAAAUGGUUAGAAAGUUGCUUGAUGUA